ACCUCUUCCUGUCAUACCGCACAGUUUCUAACCUAUCGAAGUGUCCAAUACGUCUAACAGUAUCAAAUUUGAUCCUUUCGGGGUAGAAAUUAUAUGAAAAUUUUUUUAACAAUUUCCUAACCUCCAAUUUCGAGUGUUAGGUGCUACGUUGCACACUAAGAAUAAUUAACAAUUUAUUUGUGAAGUGUAAAAAUAUACCAAACGACUCCCAAGUCAUUCACAUUCGUUCCAUUAUCAUUGUUUUUAAUUUUUUUUCUGGUAAGGUAGCAAGCACUAUAGUAUAAAUAAUAGUAUAGUGCGACUGGAGUUGUGAGUUGGUUGAGUUAACUUAUUGGUGUGUUGACUGAUCACUUCGGACUAUGCCACCCAUCUGAAGUGACCACGCUUCGAUCCUAGAUCGAAUAAACCAAAAACCAUAAUGGAUCAUCUUCACACAAUGCCGAACAAGAGCGAGGAGGAGAUGACCCCUGAGGAACGGAUGAGAGCCGAGCAUAUAAGGUUACACCAAUUGCACAAGGGCCAUGAAUCGAUGCACGCAGAGAUGUUACUUAUUUUGUUAGUAACUUUGGUUGUUGUCCAAGUAAUUCUAAUUGAGUGGAAGAAAAGGCAUUUUAAAUCGUAUCAGUUUGUUACAUUGAUAGGUGUGUGGCUCAUACCAUUUGCAAUGUGUCUGAGGAACUUCUGGUGGAGGUUCAUCUUUUUCUGGCUGUUAUUCUCUUGUAUAACAGGACUCGUUGUUAGGAAAGCCCUUCAACGACCCAUUCGAGGAACUACACCCAGAUUAGUGUAUAAAUGGUUCUAUUUUAUUUAUCGAUUAAGUUACGUCCUGGGUAUAAUUGGAUAUUUAAUAGCCGUCGCCACAUUUUUCGGAUUAAAUCUAGUCUUCGAUACUAAGGCACCUGUUUGGAUGGACUGCGGCUUGAUGUUUUUAUUUUAUGGACUUUAUUUUGGAGUUUUGGGGCGUGAUAUUGCGGAAAUAUGCGCUGAUAAAAUGGCAUGCCACAUUGGGUACUAUGCACCCAAAAGUAUGCCAACCAGAACUCUAGAUCCAGGAGUCUGUGCUGUAUGUGGUAACAAACUUCUCGUCUCAGAACACGAGGAAGGUGUCAUAGAAAACACUUAUAAGUUGAGCUGCGACCAUGUGUUCCAUGAAUUUUGUAUAAGAGGUUGGUGCAUCGUUGGUAAAAAGCAAAUGUGCCCGUACUGCAAGGAAAAAGUUGAUCUCCAGAAGAUGUUCUGCAAUCCAUGGGAGCGACCACACGUGUUAUUCGGUCAAUUACUCGAUUGGCUGCGAUGGUUAGUGGCCUGGCAGCCUUUAAUAUUGUUACUAGUUCAAGGUAUCAAUUGGACGUUUGGUCUCGAGUAAGUAAGCUGUUAAACUGAGACAAGGAGCACCCCACUGUGUCACUUUUCACUCACACAAACUGGAAUCAAUUACCGGGAACUUCAAUUAAUUUUUCUAAGAUAAUUUCUCCACUCGUCUGGUGCAUUAUAGAGAGAUCACGUAGGAUAAUUUCAAAGAUUCAUUAUAUUCCGUUGAAACGCGAAGGUUUACGACAUUCUCAACUGGGGAAAUUUCCUUUUUGCCAUCGGGAUUACUCUACGAAGGAUCAAAAAGUUUCAUCAGUUGGCAAUAAACAUAUAUCACUUUUUCAUUGAUUCAAACAGCCUAUUUCACGUUACUAAAAGAAAAAAAAAUGUUUUCUGUAUCAGAAAUAUCUGCAGUCUACAAAUUCUAUAAUUCAUAUAUUCGUACCAUUCCCGCAUCUGAUUUUUUGCAAAAUUGAAUAAUGAAAUUAGACCUAGUCAGAAUUGAAUAAUUGCUUAAGGGAGAAUCGCAGCGAAAUUAAAAAAUUUCGGAACAAUUAGAGACGGUCGGUAAAAAAAUAUGUUGUAGGUGAAAAAAAAUGUUAAAAUGGUUGAAAUUUGUAAGAACGUCAAAUCAUCAAAUUUAAAUAAUAAGUAUACGAUUUUAAUAAUUUGGCCCUUGAGGACCACAAAAUCGGAGUGUUUAACUUUUUUUUCUGUCUACAACCCAGUUAAUUUUUCUGAUCGUCGGCAUAAGACCCAGAGAAUUAAAAAUUUAACAAAAGACUUCCCGUAAUUAGAAACAUUGUCUGCGUGAGCUCUUGGCAUAGUGUUUUGUUUGGGAAUUGUUAUUCUAUAUUUAUGGAAUAAAUAAUUAUCGGAGGAAGCACAUAGCUUUGGACACGAGUUUCGUUUUCCCUCAAAAUUAAGUAAAUAUUACGUCAGAAUAAAUUAAUGUUCGCCUUUUAUAGGUAUCAAAUUAAAUGUAUAACUGCAAUUUUUCAAUUAAUAUAAAAUUUAUAUUCACAAUUUCAAUAGCAAAGCGGUAAAACGGGCUAAAUAAAUUUUUAAUUUGGCCGGAUUUUAGGCCUUGAUUUAUCAGACGAUACUAUAGUAUUUGAAUUUUUCUUAUUAAUUUGUACGUUCGUUGUAAUUUGUUAUUGUCUUCGUAAUUAAUUAUUUGCCCAUAAAAUAAAAUUGUGAGAAGAAUGUUGUGAAAAAUAAGAGUUGUAUAUACACUGUAACUAAUGGAAACCACCAUUUAUACGUGAAAUAUGACAUAGAUUGUAUUAUAAAAAAUUAAGAUUUAAUGAAAAUAAAAUAAUGCGCAGUAUUGAACAGAGCUAACAA